AUGAAUCCGCCAGAAGAUGUUGAAACACAAGAGUACGAAGAGGAAAUUCCAUUUGAUGAAGAGGAGGAGGAAGGUGAAGAUUUAUUUGCGGAUGACGUAUUAGAGGAGGACUAUACAAAAGGACCAACAGAAGAAGACUUUUAUGAUGAGCAAUAUAUUGACAAUACUACAUACCAUCCUAUGAGCUAUCAUGAUCGUUUGAACGUUGAAAAUUUAAUGAAUUCUAGAGAUGAAGAAGAAGAGGAUGAAAUAGAUCAAGCCAUUAGACGGAGUGAAAACAAACGUAAGAGUUUGCCUUCUUCCGAUGAUGCAAUUCUACAUUUAUUGGGAGAUGACAAUACAGAUGAAUCUCAUUCCUUUGAAGAGGACGAAGAAGAUGAUGGACAAACUUCGUUUGAUGAGAUUUUUACAGGUGACAUUAGAGAAAAAAUUGCUAUGGAGAGAACAAGAGCUCUCAUAUUAAAGGGUUUUAGAAGGUUUUUCACAGAGGAAAAAAGAGAAGUUUAUAUGGAAGCCAUCAAACAUGCUGUAGCUAAUAAUAAGAAAUCGAUAGUUGUCAAUUUCACUGAUCUUUCAGUUGCUCCUCAUCUACUUUUAUUAUUGACAGAUUUACCUGAUGCUACCAUUGAAUUAAUGGAAGAAGCUGUAAAUAGAAUUGUAGAAUUACAAUAUCCGAAUUAUGUGGGAGAUGAUUUUCAUAUCAGAAUCAAAAACUUGCCAACUGUGGAAUCAAUUCGUGAUUUGAGACAUUCCAGUUUAAAUCAGUUGAUAUCUGUAAGAGGAGUAGUGACAAGAAGAACUGCCAUGUUUCCUCAACUUAAAUUUGUAAAGUAUGAUUGUGUUAAAUGUGGAGAAAGCUUGAGUCCAAUAAUAGUGAGAAAUGCAUCAGAUGUUUCUAAACCUUCUAGCUGUCCUGGUUGUGCUGGAAAAAACUGUUUCAUUAUUAAUGAAGCUAAAACUAUUUAUUCUAAUUACCAAAAGAUAACAAUUCAAGAGCCUCCUGGAACAGUUCCAGCAGGUAGAAUACCAAGAUCCAAAGAUGUGAUUCUUGUUGAUGACUUGAUUGAUUGCACCAGACCUGGAGAGGAAGUUAUUGUCACAGGAGUUUAUAAACAAAAUUAUGAUGCAUUCCUCAAUGUGAAACAAGGAUUCCCAGUGUUUGCCACAAUAAUAGAAGCCAACUAUGUGGAGAAAAUAUUCGACAAACGAAGUGAAGCCAUCACCAAAGAAGAUGAAAGAAAGAUUCAACAAUUAGCAAAAAAUCCACAUAUUCAGGAAAAGAUUAUCAAAUCAAUAGCACCUUCAAUUUUUGGACAUGAAGAUAUUAAGAAGGGUAUAGCUUUAUCUUUAUUUGGAGGUGUAAGAAGAGUAUCUGAAGAACAUACUACAAGAGGUGAUAUCAAUGUUUUACUAUUAGGUGAUCCAGGUACAGCAAAAUCUCAAAUCCUUAAAUACAUCGAAAAGACAGCAACCAGAGCAGUUUUUACAACUGGUAAAGGUUCUUCUGCAGUUGGUUUAACUGCAUCUGUUAAAAAAGAUCCAAUUAAUGGAGAAUGGACUUUGGAAGGAGGUGCUUUAGUGUUGGCAGAUGAGGGAGUAUGUAUGAUUGACGAAUUUGAUAAAAUGAACGAUCAGGACAGAACUUCUAUACACGAAGCUAUGGAACAACAAAGUAUUUCAAUUUCAAAAGCUGGUAUUGUAACUACUCUUCAAGCAAGAUGUGCAGUUAUUGCUGCAGCCAAUCCAAUUAGAGGCAGAUAUGAUCCCUCUAAAACAUUCCAUCAAAAUGUGGAACUUUCAGAACCAAUUUUAUCACGUUUUGAUAUUUUAUUUAUUGUAAGAGAUACUGUCGAUGAAAAGAUAGAUGAAAAUCUUGCUAAAUUUGUUGUAAAUAGUCAUUUCAAUAGUCAUCCUAAACAAACCCUGUUACGAAAGGUUCAAGAACAAGAAGCAGCACGUAGAGAGCUAUUAGAAGAAAAGAAUGAAGCAACAGAAGAAGAUUUUCUUUUCAAUAAGGAAGGAAUACCACAGGAUAUGUUUAAAAAAUAUUUAAUGAUGGCCAAGAGAAUAAGACCGAACCUAUCUGGUAUAAACAAGGAAAGAUUGACCAAAUUUUAUUCUGAACUGAGAAAACACUCUGAGGAAGGUAGUGGUUUAACAAUUACAGCAAGACAUUUGGAGUCUAUUAUCAGAAUGUCUGAGGCUAGUGCUAAAAUGCAUCUCAGAUCCACCGUUAAUGAUAGUGACGUGAAUACUGCCAUCUCUGUAAUGCUUGAAAGCUUUAUUUCUACACAAAAAUACUCUGUAGCUGGUUCUCUUAAGAGAAAGUUCAAAAGAUAUCUUCAAUCCCCAACCGAUGAUCACCAAUUAUUACUGCAUAUUCUCAAUGAAAUGGUUAAAACAAAAAUUUCUUCCAUGGCUGAUGAAGAUGAGGAAGAAGAAGAAUUAUCAAUCUCAAUUAAGGAAUUCAAAAAUGAGGUGGCCAAGAAUAGAAUAUUUGACAUUUCCACUUUCCUAGACAAUGAGGAAGCACUUGCAAAGAAAGGAUUUACAGUAUCAGAUGGAACAAUAUUUUGGAAACCCCAACAAUAA